AUGGGCCAGAUAUCGCCCAAGAGUGCGAUCGCGCACAUCUCCAAGCUCCUGGUGCUCUCGUAUAUAAUCGACUGGAUCUUCAUCAUUGGCGUCGGACUGAUCGGCUAUGGAUUCUACAAACAGGAUCCCAACCAGCGUCCCUUCUCCCUGACCGACCCGGACAUCUCCUUCCCAUUCACCGAGCAUGAAACCGUCUCUACUGCAACCUUGAUCCUCGUCUCCGUGCUAGCACCGGCCGUGAUCGUUCUCCUGGGAGCUGCGCUCCUCAUUCCCGGCACCGCUGCCGUCGGGGGCGCAAAGGCAUCCAAAUCGCAAAUGCUGCGACGCAAGUUCUGGGAGUGGAAUGCGGGUUGGAUGGGAUUGGCGCUUGCCCUGGCGGGUGCCUGGAUGGCUACACAAGGGUUGAAGACGUUGAAUGGUAAGCCACGACCAGAUCUGCUGGCGCGGUGUAACCCGGACGUGAAGAAGAUUGCGGAGUAUGCGGUGGGUGGUCUCGGCGAGCGCCUUACUGGUGCUCCGGUCUUGGUGGACUGGAAGAUUUGCCGGGAACAAGGGUAUAACCUGCGAGUAGAUGGGUUCUCCAGCUUCCCUAGUGGACACUCAUCCCGUGAUCCGCACGCGCGGUGCGGCACCCCCGUGCUAUUGAUGAUUCUCACUUUCCUACCUACCGCUGUUGCCUUCUUCAUCGCCUCCUCUCGGUGGUUCAACUAUCGCCACCACGGAUUUGAUAUUAUCUGCGGUGGCCUCAUCGGAAUCUUCUUCGCCUACAUCGGAAUGCGCAUGUACCAUUUGCCCAUCCAACGGGGGGCAGGCUGGGCAUGGGGUCCCCGUGGCCACCGCAGGGCAUUCGUUCGAGGCAUUGGCUUCCCCAGCACCCUUGGAACGGACAGCUGGUCGUAUACUCGCAAGGGACAUGCUGCCGAUAUCUCCAACGGCUCUGGCCAUGCCGAGCCUGUACAUGACAUUGAAAAUAUCCCGAUGCACGAGCAGCCUGAACAGGCAGCUGCCAGCGAACGGGUGUAA